AUGUAGAUCAAACCACCAAAUUCAUGCUAACAGAGAAACCAUUCGGACAAUUGUUAAUAUGAAUAUUGAGAUGGACUUAAACCAAAAUGUUUUUAGAAUUCGGAACAAUAUUUUGGUUAUUGUAAUGAUAUAACAUAUAAAAUACCCAUCUUUAUUUCUUGUUACAGCUUACUUAACUUGAUUAUUGAUUAAAAUUUAUUUUUGAUCCUUCUACAAAUAAGUGUGUAGAAAGAACAAAAUUAUGUUUUGGAUUAGGAUUUGGAGCUUUUAAUUGGAAUGAAGUGUAGUAGACAAAUUAUUAUGUGAUUGAAAUAGUUUUUAUAAUGUAUAGAAAAUGAUCAAAUUGUUAUUGGGAUGUAGAAUCAAGUUAUUGUAGACCCAAUUAAUGCUACAAUAUCACUCUCUAAAUGUAUUCCCAUGAUUUAUUCUAAUAAGUUAUAAAUCAUAGAAAAUCAAAGUGUCUUGUCUUAAGAUUAGAAAAAAUUUAUUUGGAUUAAUUACAGGUUUAUUGAUUGUUGA